CCGGCUUCCCGCCCGGUCCCGCGGGGCUGCCCCUCAUCGGCAACAUCCACGCCCUGGGCGCGGAGCAGCCGCACGUCUACAUGCGGCGGCAGAGCCACAUCCACGGGCAGGAUGUAUUGCAUCUUUCUCCAAAGCAUCUAGUGCUGACCACUUCUGGAAACAGGAGAUGGGACUAGCUGGGCUAUGCUAUCAUUUGUUGGCUGUCAUCAUGGCUCUCACAUCUGUCAUCUGACGGGUCUUGGGGAGCCUGUGCAAAAUUUUCAGUCUUGAUCUGGGUGGUAUAUCUGCUAUUGUGCUGAAUGGCUACGAUGCAGUAAAAGAAUGCCUUGUUCAUCAAAGCGAAAUUUUUGCAGAUAGACCAUCUCUUCCCUUGUUUAAGAAGUUGACAAACAUGGGAGGCUUACUGAACAGUAAAUAUGGCAGAGGAUGGACAGAACAUCGCAAAUUAGCUGUAAAUACCUUUCGAAUUUUUGGAUAUGGUCAAAGGUCCUUUGAACACAAAAUUUCUGAAGAAUCUGUGUUUUUUCUUGAUGCCAUUGAUACAUACAAAGGCAGACCAUUUGAUCUUAAGCACUUGAUAACAAAUGCCGUUUCAAACAUUACUAAUCUGAUUAUUUUUGGAGAACGUUUUACAUAUGAAGAUACUGAAUUUCAGCACAUGAUUGAGAUUUUUAGUGAAAAUAUUGAAUUAGCUGCUAGCGCUUCUGUAUUUUUAUAUAAUGCUUUUCCGUGGAUUGGUAUCUUGCCAUUUGGGAAACACCAGCAGCUGUUUAAAAAUGCAGCUGAAGUCUAUGACUUUCUUCAUGAGCUUAUUGAACGUGUCUCUGAAAAUAGGAAGCCUCAGUCACCUCGACAUUUUGUAGAUGCAUAUUUAGAUGAGAUGGACUGCAAUGAAAAUGAUCCAGAAUCUACAUAUUCAAGAGAAAACUUAAUUUUCUCUGUUGGAGAACUCAUCAUAGCUGGGACAGAAACCACAACAAAUGUUUUAAGAUGGGCAGUGUUAUUUAUGGCUCUUUAUCCAAACAUUCAAGGGCAAGUUCAAAAAGAAAUCGAUUUAGUCAUCGGCCCAAACAAAAUGCCUUCUUUAGAAGAGAAAUGUAAAAUGCCAUACACUGAGGCUGUUCUACAUGAAGUUCUAAGAUUCUGUAACAUAGUUCCGCUAGGUAUUUUUCAUGCAACUUCUAAAGAUACUGUCGUGCGUGGUUACUCUAUUCCUGAAGGCACUACAGUCAUUACAAACCUCUACUCUGUACAUUUUGAUGAAAAAUACUGGAGCAACCCAGAAGUGUUUUUUCCUGAGAGGUUUUUGGACAGCAGUGGGCAGUUUGUCAAGAAAGAUGCAUUUGUUCCUUUUUCACUAGGAAGAAGACAUUGUCUUGGAGAACAGCUAGCUCGAAUGGAAAUGUUUUUGUUUUUCACUUCGUUGCUACAACGAUUUCAUUUGUGUUUUCCUCAUGGUGUGAUUCCAGAUCUCAAACCGAGGUUAGGCAUGACAUUACAACCACAGCCAUACCUCAUUUGUGCAGAAAGACGAUGAAGAGAAGUAUCUGGACUGUCAGGUGGAAUAAAAUGCUCCAAGUUGCAGCUGAGGAAUCACUUGCCUUCUAUGUCUAAAUGUAUUCAUGUUGGAAGAACAAAAAAUUUAAGAACUUAAACUGUGGUUAUUUGUGCACAAGUUUAUGUUUUUUUUUUUUACUUGGUUUUCAUAUAUAUAAAAAACAAAACAAAACAAAAAAAAGCAAAAUCAUACAGCACAUCCUGUGUUUAAAGUUGAUGUUUUCAGUCCAUAAUUAUUUUUUUUGAAAAUAGCUUCUGUUUCAGCUUUUAAAUAUUUCUUUGCAAGCUAUUUUAUUUGAGAGGAUAUUUUUAUAAACAUGGAGUAUAUUGCUCAAAAUUUUUUAUGCCGUGAUUUAUCUGUAGAAAUCCCAUACACAUUAUUCCAGCAAAGCAGUUCUUUAUAAUUCUCCAUUAAAUUUACAUAGCUAAAAAGGUUUUAAAGAUAUCUAUUUAACUGUAUGUAAUUUUAAAAAAUAUAUUAUUUCCAGCCUUGACGAACAAAUUGACAAAACAUUUUAAUCAUUACUUCUCCUUGCCCAAUCUUCCUAGUUGGUCUUCAUUUUCUAGCAAGUCAGAUAACCGCAUGAAUUCACGUUUAAGAUCUUUUAUGGCUUGCUUCUCAUUUAGUAACAUACACAAAGUGUUCCAUUAUUCCCAUGCUCAUGACAGUUACAGCAAUCUUCUUUGCCAGUUUAUUGCAUUUCCAGACACGGGUCCUCCAUUGCUUCCCAACACAACGCAUUAUGUAAUCAUUAAGUUCUUCCUAAGUAGUCUAGAAAAGAGUGUUUGUGUUACCAGUGUCACAUGCAGCUAUGCUAUAAGUCAAGAAAAUAAGCUGCUAAUGAGACUGACAAGAAAAGAGACUUUUUGGGGGGGGGGCGGGCAAUAGAGUAGGGUAAGGAGAAACAAAUAUUUAAAUGGAUUUUAAGCACAAGCUGUAAGCCCAAAAACUAUUUCUACCAGCCUCAUUUUUGAUUCUGCUUGACAGCUAUUGCUUUAUGGUUAUUGGUAGACAUAAACUUAGAACACAGGCCCUACAGGAGAACCUGAUACUCUGAAUAUGGUGCACAAGUCUGCAUUGUGUGGGGAGUAGUGGGACUUCAAAAUAGAGUUCAUUAAAAAACACACACUGAGCAAACAGCUAUUUAUGGACAUGGCUGAGUAUUAGGCUUGCUGUUUAUGCAGCUUUUGCUUUGAGUCGGAGCUGUGGAAAAGUUCAAAGGCAGGAAUUUGUCAUUUUUCUUCUCACUUCAUGUUUUUGGCUUAUACUGAGCAGAAUUAUUUCCUUUCUUUGGAGAUAACAAAAGAGAAAGGUCAAAUAGAGGUAAUGACAGUCCACUUAUAUAAUAGUCUGUUGACUUAAGAUGCAGCAGGUCCAAAUUAAAUUACUUACCCUGUCAGAGGGUAGUCAGACUCACGUGUCCCACAGAGAUCAUCUGAAAUGCAUAUUUCUGGUGCUCUGAAGAGGGAAGGAAGACUAUCAAAUCCUCUUGCUGACCAACUGCUUUUCUGUAGAGAUAAAAGAUUUCUAAAGAAAAAAAAAAAAGAAGAGAGAUGUCAGCCUUAUUGCUGUGCGUUUGGCACACCAUGAAAGUUGCAAAUAAUCUGCUCCUAAGAUUUUGGCAUACAGGGUGUAUAGGAAUGAGACAGCUGCUGAGGUUCUUAAUACUGUUAAAAUUGAGACUUUUCUGUUGUCAGCGUAAGUAGAUGGUGGGUACUUCUGAAAUGUUUAUGUAAAAAUAGUGGGAUCUACAAAACGUAGGUCCCUUUAGCAUGAAGAAAAAUGGAACGGAAAAA